AUGGAUCUGAGUCAUCCCAAUUCGGACGCAGAGUCGGAGUCUCGUGGCAACGUCCUCGUUCCCGCAACGAUCGACGCUGCGAUGUUUGUGAUUUCGUACGAGCACGUCGCAGUCGGAGGCUUUCACGCUUCUUCAAUGCAUGUCCGUCAUGGUGCAAACAGACAGGCUUUUCAUGAUGCGACGCUUGAGAUUUGGGACAAGAAAGUGUGGGAUCGCUUUGCAGGGAACAUGAUGAGACUCGCUCAGAUUGAGUUCGAGAUUGAAAGUACACUGACCAUCCACGCGCAGUUGCUGGUGUUACUCGUAACUUGGAGCGUCUCGGACGUUUCGUUACGGAAGAUGAAGAUGGUUAAAGGGAUGAAUGGACUACAGGACAUGCUCAUUGAUCAGUUGGACACGGAAAAAUUGACACAGGAAGAGAUGGUCGUGACGAUCAAGACACGCACUCGAAAUUCGUCGAUCGCGACGAUUCGACCAGUUGGAUCGUUGUGUCUCAAUGCUCAUUCCCCAGCAUUGGGAGAAAGCACGUUGUUCGCGCAGCUGAAGACGCCAGCAGAUACGGCGUUGUCGGUGGCUGACGGACAUCCGUCGGACUCGUACUGA